UUUUAGAAAUUCUAGUCACUAAAAAUACAAAUAAUUAUAGAAAUUCCAGUUUCUUCAUUCACUAAAAAUAGCCAAUUUUUCUUCAGACCCACUGCCACUAGGUUUUGUUCGAUGCUUUUGCAGCAAUCAUGAUGUGACUUGCCGACACGGACGAGGACGAGGACGAGGACGAGGACGAGGGUUUACUUACGGAAGGUCUUCAGGUUCCGCUGCUUCCACAGACGGAGAGUACAUCUUCUCCGAUACGGCAAAGGAAAUCUGUGAAAAUGCCAGAUAUACAGCUAGAAUCUCACACAUUGAGAUCCCAUGGAACCCAAGUUGCAAGAUUUCACAUGCAUGAUUGGAUCAUACUCAUCCUCCUUGCUGUAAUAGAUGGUUGUUUGAAUAUAAUAGAACCCUUUCACAGGUUUGUUGGACAAGGCAUGAUGACAGAUCUGAUGUAUCCGUUGAAAGGCAAUACUGUUCCAUUUUGGGCUGUUCCGGUGAUUGCAAUUCUAUUGCCUUUUGCAAUUAUUAUUGCAAUUUAUAUCAAAAAGCAGAAUGUGUAUGAUUUACACAAUGCAAUCUUGGGUUUGUUCUUUUCUGUGCUUAUAACUGGAGUUUUAACUGAUGCAAUUAAGGAUGCUGUUGGUCGGCCAAGGCCUGAUUUUUUUUGGCGUUGUUUUCCUGAUGGAAAUCCUCUAUAUGAUAACAAAACAACUGGUGUCAUAUGCCAUGGGGACAAAAGUGUUAUCAAAGAAGGGCACAAGAGUUUUCCAAGUGGGCACUCAUCAUGGUCUUUUGCAGGUCUAGGCUUUUUAUCUUGGUACCUUGCAGGGAAAAUUAAGGUUUUUGACCAUAGGGGUCAUAUUGCAAAACUGUGCAUUGUACUUCUCCCACUGUUGUGUGCAGCUCUUAUUGCAAUUUCUCGAGUUGAUGACUAUUGGCACCAUUGGCAAGAUGUCUUUGCAGGAGGUUUUCUCGGUUUGGUAAUUGCUUCAUUUUGUUAUCUGCAAUUCUUCCCCCCUCCUUAUGAUAUCGAUGGUUGGUUUCCUCAUGCAUAUUUGCAUGCCAUGGCUGAUAUUAGAAGCAGUACACAGACAACUACAAACCCUCUGCGGUCGCGGCCUUUGGAGAUGGAGACGGUCUAUGUUUCAUCUGGAGUUCAGCAUGUAGCCCAGAUGAGUGAUGCCAAUUUAAGUCUCGAUACAAUGGAAGCUGGUAGAUGGCAUUGACUCUCAAGUUUGGAUGCUGCUGAGAUUUAGCGUAGAUUUUUACGUGUCAGAAAGAUUUCAAAUAUUGGGAUCCCUUGAUCGUUAGCAACAUGUCUCCUCCUAGAUACGCCUGCGACAUCUGUUUUUAGCCUCGUUUUUUUCUUCUUUUCUUUCCUGCCAUUCACGUCAUUUUGAUGUUUCAUGUAUUUUGGAUUCUAAGGUUUUCUACUCAGAUAAAACAGUGCAAAUCUUUGUCUGUAUUUUAGCACUUGCAGUUUGCUUAAGUUGGUCAAAUUCAAUUGUGUUCAUACUGUUUCGCAUCAGAAAGUUACCUUGAUUCUCAA